CUCGGUUCGUCCGAGGCCAGCCCAGCCCGCGCGGCAAAGUAGCAGCUACUACUACUUAGUUACUAGGACUUAGCUCCUCCUUUCUUAUCCCCAUCAUUACUACCACACACCUCCCCAGCCCCCUCCGCUCUCCCCUCCCUAAGACAGAGACUUGCGAUGUGACUUGCAGCUCACCGCGACCCAUCCCAGUCUAUGCGCCACUAUUAAGCCCCAAGUUCAGUGUGAUCGCGAUGUCCUUUCCUUACUCCCAGGAUGCUCGCCGCCGGCGGGUCGGAGCCGGCGCCGGCUUCAGCUCCACUGGUAAUAGGACCGUCCUGGGAUAUUGGGUGCCUCUCGCUGUUACCGUGGGCAUCGCAACUGUUAGCAUUGCAGCCUGGAUCUGGAGCGAACGCAGCGAGGACGAUGACGAUAAUAAUAACAAUAACAAUAACGACCGCGAUACUACUAUCCCCCCUCCGCACGAUGACCGCUUCCCCGCCCCCGAGGGAUACCCUCAUGGCGAAUAUGCGGACGAUUACGCCCGUUCAACCGCCACGGAUAUACCAGGGGAUGAUGCUAGCAUGAUGGCGCGCAUGCAGGGUGCGCUGCGCCGCACUCCUAGUCCUCAGCAGAUCUUCGAUGGCGCUAGCAAGAAGGUUGCUGCGGGAGUCGCUGCCGCGGGAGCUUUCGUGGGUGGUGCGCUGACCUCGAUUCGUGAGGAAGAUAGGGGCGACUUUGAGGAUCAUUCUCGCUGGUCGGAGGAGGUCGCUUCGAGAGCUCAGCGCGCGGAACAGUCUGCGCCGACUAUGACGGGGGCGUUGCCGGUUCGUGAUGUUGGGGUUGGUGGCCCAGUGUCUGCUACGAAGAAGAGGACUGUUGCGAUUGUGGUCUCGUCGGAGUCUGCGCAGGUGGAUCCGGAGGAUAUCGUUUCUCAGCAUGUGUCUAUCCUUUCUCAUCUCCCCGAACAUGUCAACCUAGAUACGGCUAGGGUCUUCAUCAUGAUCUAUGCCCCCGGUCUCAAGCACGCCCCGAAGCAGGGAAGCUCCUCUCAGCCGGACUUGUCUGUUGCCUCUUCUUAUUCCAACAUCGCCCCCGAAGAAGCUGUUGCGUCUGGUGAGCUUCCCGAGGGUGAGUCGCCCUCGGAAUCUCGCCAGGUCGAUGAAGAAGAGGGCUCUACACCACUGUUCAAGACGAUGUACACCCAGGCGCAGGCACUUGUGGAGAAGGAGAAUACCAUCAUGCCCUUCAGCACCGCGACAGGGUUUGUGCAUCUUCUUCGCCACCUUUCUCCUGAGGUAGUGUAUGUUCAAGAGUCCCUUACCGGGGAAGCAGGAGAGCAUGUAAAGCUCUUCUCUGGCUGGGUUCGGGAAACAGUCAUCGUCGUCGGAGGCGAAAUUGGUCACGGUGGUCUUGUCGACAGCGACGAUGAGUCUGCUCUUGCAGACAAGGGCGAGAAAUGGUGGCAGAAGGAGGGUGUGACAGGCAUUGGCAAGCGAAUUAAUGUGGUCGAUGUACACCGCAUUGGUGAUGAUUGGAGGCGAAGGGUGUCUGGGCACGACUAGAGCAGAGUCCAGCCGUCCGGCGCCAUUGGGGAUGUUGGUGUCUCAGCGUUGGCUAAACCUCUCGGUUGCCUUGCGUAUAGGUGUGCCUUAUGUUAUUUUGAUGAACCUUCUCUUUUCUUGUUAUUGAUUCCCCUGUCUUGAUGAGAUGAAGAGGAUUUACUCUUCAUGUUCUUUACCCCUGUGUGAAUAUUGAUUGCAUGAUGACCGCGAAGCAUGGUCUACUUAGCUUCUACGGAAGCGAUAUAUUGGAAUGAAAUGAGCCUUUGCACAUAGCGGUG